AUGUAUUCAGAUAUCAAGUACGACCAACUUGAAGAUCCUGACCAUUGGAUCAGACUCAUCAAACUUGAACCUUCUCCAUCGGAAUCCACCUCUGAACCCGAUAGACCAGAUCUCCUCGUGUGCAAUAUUGAGGAAUAUAUUCGCGGCGACUCCCAGCCAUACACAGCAUUAUCAUAUGUCUGGGAGUCUCCAGACAGCCCCAAAAGGCUAGUAAGCGUUAAUGGGACGACAAUAGACAUCAGCUCAACCGUCGAGAAUGCCCUUCGGCGCCUACGGUUUCGCAAUAAGCCUCGGUGGCUUUGGGUCGAUCAGCUAUGUAUCAACCAAGCCGACGAGAUGGAGAAGAGCCACCAAGUCCACCAAAUGCACCAUAUCUACAGGGAGGCAGAUCAGGUGAUCGCAUGGCUGGGUAAUGGUGAUGAGAGCAGCGACCUCAUAUGUCGCCUGAUGCGUGACACAGGUAGAGCCCUGCGCUCCAACGAUCUUGGCGUUUUGCAAAAGCUCUACUCUGGGGGAAAGGAGGAAGGGUCUAUUGAUAUAGAAGCUGCAAAAACGGCUUUCCAUGCGUUCUGCGAAAGACGCUAUUGGCAACGUCUUUGGAUCAUGCAAGAGUUUGCUGUUGGCCGACGUAUCGCUAUUGCCUGCGGUGGCUGGAUUGUGAAAUAUGAUCUCAUGGAUCAGACUCUUGACGCCCCGAGUAUUGUUCAGCGCCGUGCGCGAAAGAAGCCCAUCGAUGGGCUUGAGACGCUGAUUCGGAAUCUGAAUUAUGUCUACUCCACUCCACUCAACAGCUACGUUUAUAGCUUGUUUACAAGACGGUGGCACUAUGACUACAAUCCCGAUGGGGAGAGUCCACGGGGCCAACCCCUUUUACAGGUCGUCGCGGUAUCGCUCACUCUGGAAGUCGACUACAACGUUGUCUACGCAACCGACCCACGUGAUCGUAUAUUUGCAUUACUGAACCUGGCCGGAGACAGAGACCACUUUAACCUGUUCCCAGAUUACUCUUUGACAGUCGAAGAGGUGUACAGAGAAGCAGCGUGCAAGAUCCUAGAACAAGGAACUAUUGAUGUUCUAAUGUACUGCCAAAGGCCCAAGAAGCUUGCCAUGCUACCAAGUUGGGUGCCUGACUGGAGUAUGGAUGUUCUGCAUCCAAAUGCGCAGGCACCGUGGGAUACCCCUUUCAAAGCAUCGGGCACAUAUACCGAGAUACCAAAAUUUCCCGAAUUCGAUACCGCGACAUUUGAAGGUAUUUAUGUGGACAAAGUUCAAGAGAUCGGGACAACCUGGGACCCAAACUGGUUGAAACCCAUCAGUCGGACCGCAGUCAAACAAUGGGUGAAAAGUAUCAGGGGAUUGUGUGACAACUCCCCUAGAAUCAGGGUCGGAGAAGAGCGUCUAGAUGCAGCACGCAUCGGGAUACUCGAUGGCCCUACGUGGCACUCUACAGUGUCUUAUCAAGGCUGGGGAUCCCAGUGUGCUGACGAUGUCGAGAAUCUUCAGCGUUCUGGAACAGAGGAAGGAGAGAAAGGCGAAGAUGCUUCGGCUGCAGAAGACUCUUUCUAUGCUUUCGCUCUCAUGCGGAUGCACACAAGACGUGUCUUUAUGACAUCUACGGGCUUUGUUGGGGUUGGCCCACUUGAUAUGCAGCCAGGAGAUGAAGUCUGUAUCCUGUUGGGAGGCAAAGUACCCUACCUGUUGCGACCUCACGGUAACGAAUCAUAUAAGCUUGUCGGAGAGGCGUACGUGCAUGGGAUCAUGCACGGAGAGCUCUUUAAAGGCGGUGCUAGAAACCUUCGAAAGUUUGACGUUAAGUAG